GCUGACAGUGGUUCUGCUGCGUACACCCUUGCGGUUUGGAAGAAGUGGAAAUGAAGCGGUGCUUAGUAGCUUCUCUUCUCACCGUCCUCACCAGUUCUCAGGGGAUCUUAACAAAUCUAUCGCAAACCAAUGGCAAAUAUAAAUACGAUUACACCACCAUCCCUUUCCUUGCCGAGGUUUUUAAGCUUAUGGUAUCAAGUGUUUUUCUAUGGAGAGACAGUAAGAAAUCGCCUCCGCCGAAAGUAACAACGGAUUGGAGGACUGUUCGAUUGUUCCCCAUUCCUUCCAUCAUUUACUUAAUCCAUAUUAAUGUCAAAAUUUCUACUCUUAUAUAUGUCGAUGCGUCGACGUAUCAGAUAAUGGGUAAUUUGAAAAUUGUCACAACUGGAAUUUUGUUUAGGUUGUUUCUUAAGAAGAAGCUCUCUAAUCUACAGUGGAUGGCUAUCGUUUUAUUGGCUGUUGGAACGACCACGAGUCAGGUAAAAGGAUGCGGAGAGGCUUCAUGCGACUCCCUCUUCUCAGCACCAAUUCAAGGAUACAUGCUAGGAAUUUUGUCUGCUUGUCUUUCAGCAUUGGCUGGUGUUUAUACAGAGUUCCUGAUGAAGAAGAACAAUGACAGUUUAUGCUGGCAGAAUAUACAGUUAUACAUGUUUGGUACAAUCUUCAAUAUGGCACAGCUGGUAAUGGAUGAUUUUAGGGGUGGAUUUGAGAAAGGACCUUGGUGGCAACGGCUGUUUAAUGGGUACAGAAUCACAACUUGGAUGGUUGUGCUAAAUCUAAGUUCUACCGGGCUGCUGGUUUCAUGGUUAAUGAAAUAUGCUGACAAUAUAGUCAGGUGUAUUCCACAUCGAUGGCCAUGCUAUUAACAAUGAUUCUAUCCGUGCUCCUCUUCAGUCUCAAUCUAACACUUCAGCAUUCUUGCAGCUUUUCUUGGGGAUCAUUAUUUGUAUGAUGUCACUACAUAUGUACUUUGCUCCGAAUAUGCUUGUAGACAUGCCGUCGACAAUUAAAAUCAGAUCCAGAGAGCCUUGUCAAAAUGGCCAUAUUCGAUCUUAUGGGAUAGCCUUUCCUUCUACGACGAGAGAGAUUGAAAACGAAAUGGCCAUGAACUGAAUCGCAGAUUCAGUUAUUAAACACGGGGAUAGCAAGCCGAGAAAACUGGCAUCGUCAUUCCAAAACGCAACAGGAAUCUCUGGCUUAUAUUGUUUUGGUAUUUCAUCUACCGCUAACUAUGGUGGAAAUCAAAGUACCAUUAGUGGUUCGUGUUUUUAUGUAUAUAACUUUUGUUUCGUUUACAAGUCUACUCGGUUGUUUUGGAUGUUAACAUAUGCAUUAAACAGUGGUCGCCACAAUGAAUCGA